CAUCAGUUAGCGAGUAAAUUUCUGUCGAGUAAAUUUCAUUAAACAUCCAGAGUGAAUAUAUUCAUUUUGGUCUCAUUUGUGAGUAAUUCGGAAUUAUACCGCUUAAAUAUGUAAUGGUUUUGUUUUCUGAUCAAAAGAAAGUAACGAAACGUUAACAAAAGAGAUUUCUUCUGCAACGAAUUCGGGCUCUGAUGCCCAGCUGAUGCAUUUUAACAUAUUUGACAGUUCAAAUUGCGUAAUUAUUGCCAGGAUUUUCUUAUGAGCCUUUUUACGCAAUUUAUCUAAAUUGCCGUAUAGGAUGGCGAAUUUGGAUGACUUAUUUCAUUUAGAUCAAUAUGUGGGUCCAGAAUCUCUUACAGAACUGUGUUUCCAAGUGAUCUGCAAAAAUUUGGACAUUAUCUCAGUAAAGAAUCAGUUAGGCUAUCGAAAUCUUUUGAAAGGGAUCGUUUUUCCAAGCGAAAUAUGCGAUAAACUUAUUGAAUACGUUUUACGAAAUGAUCCAGAUGAAGGUCAUGAUUGUUUUUUUACAAUUUUCAAGAAUGUAUGGAUAACCAAACUUAAACACGUCAAAGUUGUAAGAUCCAAUAUAACUGACGAUUCAGUACUGAUCCUUGCACGUCAUAAACUUGUGAGAUUAGAACUUACAGAUUGUCCUAAUUUAACAGAUCAAUCUAUUGAUUUCAUAAAUGCAAAUGCAGAAAAUUUGCAUACUUUAUUAUGUCGUGAAGCUUCUGUAAUCAUUCCGGAGAAUCUGAAAGCAUACCGGAAACAAGGAUAUGUAUUUAAAAUACCAAACCUACGGACCUUGGCUUUAUCAUAUGUUAAAAUUUGUGCCUUGGAAUAUAACAUACUCUUGGCUGGAUUAACAAAUUUAACAAAUUUAGAUUUGUCCAAUAGUUCUGAUGUGGGUGCCUUUGAUUUCUUCCAUUUGGUUCCUAAUUUAGUAUCCUUAGUUUUGUAUAAUGUUAAAAUUGUUUCUCAAGCACAAGCUUUUGUUACCAAUAUUUGUCAUAUGAAAAAUUUAAGGCAUUUGGAUAUUUCUCAAAUCAAUCCCCGGGAUGGAGUGUUUGCAAACCCUAAUACAAUUUUAUCUGAUAUAGUGAAUGGUUUGCCUCAGUUAACUUCUUUGGACAUUAGUGGCACAAAUUUAGCAGGAGUAGAAAAUGUAGAUCGUGGAAUACAAACAGCUGAAAAUUCUUUCUAUUCUGACAUAUAUAAUAAUAAUCUUUGUAACAUACCGGGUCUUGUUUCAAGAGUAGAUAGACCUCUACAAUUUCUAGGGCUUUAUAGAUCAGAUGAUGCACCUUGUGCACGACGCAAUAUUCCAGCAAAACUGAUUGCAGGAAAUGCAAAUGAAGAUCAAAUAUUGGUUGCAGCACAUGUUUAUAUGAAUAAUAAAGAAGAUUUAAUUUUAAAAGUAAUAAGAGAUUUAUAUCAUAUGUACAGAUAUGAAAAUUGUCAUAGAAUGGAUCAAGCUCUUUGUGCAGUAUUAGAAGCAAUGGAAAAAUAUCCUACUCAAAAAGAUAUACAAAUAUCUGGAAGUGCAGCACUAUUUUAUAUUGUAAAAAUGAAAGAAAAAGGAGAAUUGGAAUCAAGAUUAAAAAAGAGAAUUGUUCGCACUCUUCUUGUUGGAAUGAGUAUUCACAAAAAUGAAGAAACUAUGAUGCGCAAUGGUUGUUUAACAUUAUACCAAUUUCGAUUACCGCAAGACGUAAUGUCACAUUAUGAAACUUUGGUGAAACUACUUCUGCAUUUAGCUAAACAUGCCCAACAAGAAAGUUAUGUUCAACGUAUUGGAAUAUUUCUUUUAAAUACCUUGGCAUGUCAAGUAAGAGGCAGAGAAAAGCGUUUAUUAGGCAAUUUGGGCUGUAUAAAGACAAUGCUUGAAUUAAUAAAAUAUAGAGUUGAGUCUAGAACAUUUGAUGAUGUUAUGGAAGUAGCUUGGUCAGCUAUGUGGAAUGUGACUGAUGAAACUCCUAUAAAUUGUCAACGAUUUUUUGAAGAAAAUGGCAUGCCACUAUUUUAUAGAUGUGUAAUGCAAUAUUCUGGUAAUGAAGAAUUAUUGAAAAAUAUGAUGGGAUUACUUGGUAAUGUGGCUGAAGUACAAAGUCUUAGAGUGCAUCUAAUGCAAUUACCAUAUAUGGUUGUCUUUACACAUUUAAUACGUACUGUUAGAGAAAGCAUUGAGGUACCAUAUAAUGCAGUUGGUAUAUUAUCUCACAUAGCAUCUGAUGGUGUCGAAGCUUGGACGAUAGAAAAACCUAGUCGGGAUGCAGUUCUUGAACUUAUGGUUAAAGCUAUUGAACGGUGGGAUAUAUCAUCCGAACGUAACAUCAAUUAUCGCUCAUUUUUACCUUUAUUACGAUUGGUGGAUAUAUAUCAUACACCACAAUGUCAGCAUUGGGCAGUUUGGGCUCUUGCUAAUCUUACAACUGUUUAUCCUCAUAAAUAUUGCAUACUAGUGAUGAGAGAAGGAGGCCUUGAGAAGCUGAAUACUUUAAUCUCAGAUCCAAGACCAUACGAACGUAUAAAAGAGUUUGCCCAUAUUGUAAUUGAAAAUUGUAAUUAUUAUAAUAGGAAUUCCUAUGAUAUGAAUGUUCAUUCAUCUUUGGAUGAAGACUACAUAUACAGUUCAGAUGGUUGAAAACUGAUUUUUAUUAUUAUAAU